AUGGUGGUGGUUCCGGUGGUGCCGUCGGUGGUGCCAGUGGUUCCGGUGGUACCUUCGGUGGUGCCGGUGGUUCCGGUGGUGCCAAUUGUGGUUCCGGUGGUGCCGUCGGUGGUGCCAGUGGUUCCGGUGGUACCUUCGGUGGUGCCGGUGGUUCCGGUGGUGCCAAUUGUGGUUCCGGUGGUGCCGUCGGUGGUGCCAGUGGUUCCGGUGGUACCUUCGGUGGUGCCGGUGGUUCCGGUGGUGCCAAUUGUGGUUCCGGUGGUGCCGUCGGUGGUGCCAGUGGUUCCGGUGGUACCUUCGGUGGUGCCGGUGGUUCCGGUGGUGCCAAUUGUGGUUCCGGUGGUGCCGUCGGUGGUGCCAGUGGUUCCGGUGGUACCUUCGGUGGUGCCGGUGGUUCCGGUGGUGCCAAUUGUGGUUCCGGUGGUGCCGUCGGUGGUGCCAGUGGUUCCGGUGGUACCUUCGGUGGUGCCGGUGGUUCCGGUGGUGCCAAUUGUAGUUCCGGUGGUGCCGUCGGUGGUGCCGGUGGUUCCGGUGGUGCUAAUUGUGGUUCCGGUGGUGCCGUCGGUGCCAAUUGUAGUUCCGGUGGUGCCGUCGGUGGUGCCGGUGGUUCCAGUGGUGCUAAUUGUGGUUCCGGUGGUGCCGUCAGUGGUGCCGGUGGUUCCGGUGGUGCUAAUUGUGGUUCCGGUGGUGCCGUCGGUGGUGCCAGUGGUUCCGGUGGUACCUUCUGUGGUGCCGGUGGUUCCGGUGGUGCUAAUUGUGGUUCCGGUGGUGCCGUCGGUGGUGCCAGUGGUUCCGGUGGUACCUUCGGUGGUGCCGGUGGUUCCGGUGGUGCCAAUUGUGGUUCCGGUGGUGCCGUCGGUGGUGCCAGUGGUUCCGGUGGUACCUUCGGUGGUGCCGGUGGUUCCGGUGGUGCCAAUUGUGGUUCCGGUGGUGCCGUCGGUGGUGCCAGUGGUUCCGGUGGUACCUUCGGUGGUGCCGGUGGUUCCGGUGGUGCCAAUUGUGGUUCCGGUGGUGCCGUCGGUGGUGCCAGUGGUUCCGGUGGUACCUUCGGUGGUGCCGGUGGUUCCGGUGGUGCCAAUUGUGGUUCCGGUGGUGCCGUCGGUGGUGCCAGUGGUUCCGGUGGUACCUUCGGUGGUGCCGGUGGUUCCGGUGGUGCCAAUUGUGGUUCCGGUGGUGCCGUCGGUGGUGCCAGUGGUUCCGGUGGUACCUUCGGUGGUGCCGGUGGUUCCGGUGGUGCUAAUUGUGGUUCCGGUGGUGCCGUCGGUGGUGCCAGUGGUUCCGGUGGUACCUUCGGUGGUGCCGGUGGUUCCGGUGGUGCCAAUUGUAGUUCCGGUGGUGCCGUCGGUGGUGCCAGUGGUUCCGGUGGUACCUUCGGUGGUGCCGGUGGUUCCGGUGGUGCCAAUUGUGGUUCCGGUGGUGCCGUCGGUGGUGCCAGUGGUUCCGGUGGUACCUUCGGUGGUGCCGGUGGUUCCGGUGGUGCCAAUUGUGGUUCCGGUGGUGCCGUCGGUGGUGCCAGUGGUUCCGGUGGUACCUUCGGUGGUGCCGGUGGUUCCGGUGGUGCCAAUUGUGGUUCCGGUGGUGCCGUCGGUGGUGCCAGUGGUUCCGGUGGUACCUUCGGUGGUGCCGGUGGUUCCGGUGGUGCCAAUUGUGGUUCCGGUGGUGCCGUCGGUGGUGCCAGUGGUUCCGGUGGUACCUUCGGUGGUGCCGGUGGUUCCGGUGGUGCCAAUUGUGGUUCCGGUGGUGCCGUCGGUGGUGCCAGUGGUUCCGGUGGUACCUUCGGUGGUGCCGGUGGUUCCGGUGGUGCCAAUUGUAGUUCCGGUGGUGCCGUCGGUGGUGCCGGUGGUUCCGGUGGUGCUAAUUGUGGUUCCGGUGGUGCCGUCGGUGCCAAUUGUAGUUCCGGUGGUGCCGUCGGUGGUGCCGGUGGUUCCGGUGGUGCUAAUUGUGGUUCCGGUGGUGCCGUCGGUGGUGUCGGUGGUUCCGGUGGUGCUAAUUGUGGUUCCGGUGGUGCCGUCGGUGGUGCCAGUGGUUCCGGUGGUACCUUCGGUGGUGCCGGUGGUUCCGGUGGUGCUAAUUGUGGUUCCGGUGGUGCCGUCGGUGGUGCCAGUGGUUCCGGUGGUACCUUCGGUGGUGCCGGUGGUUCCGGUGGUGCCAAUUGUGGUUCCGGUGGUGCCGUCGGUGGUGCCAGUGGUUCCGGUGGUACCUUCGGUGGUGCCGGUGGUUCCGGUGGUGCCAAUUGUGGUUCCGGUGGUGCCGUCGGUGGUGCCAGUGGUUCCGGUGGUACCUUCGGUGGUGCCGGUGGUUCCGGUGGUGCCAAUUGUGGUUCCGGUGGUGCCGUCGGUGGUGCCAGUGGUUCCGGUGGUACCUUCGGUGGUGCCGGUGGUUCCGGUGGUGCCAAUUGUGGUUCCGGUGGUGCCGUCGGUGGUGCCAGUGGUUCCGGUGGUACCUUCGGUGGUGCCGGUGGUUCCGGUGGUGCCAAUUGUGGUUCCGGUGGUGCCGUCGGUGGUGCCAGUGGUUCCGGUGGUACCUUCGGUGGUGCCGGUGGUUCCGGUGGUGCCAAUUGUAGUUCCGGUGGUGCCGUCGGUGGUGCCGGUGGUUCCGGUGGUGCUAAUUGUGGUUCCGGUGGUGCCGUCGGUGGUGCCAGUGGUUCCGGUGGUACCUUCGGUGGUGCCGGUGGUUCCGGUGGUGCCAAUUGUGGUUCCGGUGGUGCCGUCGGUGGUGCCGGUGGUUCCGGUGGUGCUAAUUGUGGUUCCGGUGGUGCCGUCGGUGGUGCCAGUGGUUCCGGUGGUACCUUCGGUGGUGCCGGUGGUUCCGGUGGUGCCAAUUGUGGUUCCGGUGGUGCCGUCGGUGGUGCCAGUGGUUCCGGUGGUACCUUCGGUGGUGCCGGUGGUUCCGGUGGUGCCAAUUGUGGUUCCGGUGGUGCCGUCGGUGGUGCCGGUGGUUCCGGUGGUGUCAGUGGUGGUUCCGGUGGUGCCGUCGGUGGUGCCAGUGGUUCCGGUGGUACCUUCGGUGGUGCCGGUGGUUCCGGUGGUGCCAAUUGUGGUUCCGGUGGUGCCGUCGGUGGUGCCAGUGGUUCCGGUGGUACCUUCGGUGGUGCCGGUGGUUCCGGUGGUGCCAAUUGUGGUUCCGGUGGUGCCGUCGGUGGUGCCGGUGGUUCCGGUGGUGCCAAUUGUGGUUCCGGUGGUGCCGUCGGUGGUGCCAGUGGUUCCGGUGGUACCUUCGGUGGUGCCGGUGGUUCCGGUGGUGCCAAUUGUAGUUCCGGUGGUGCCGUCGGUGGUGCCAGUGGUUCCGGUGGUACCUUCGGUGGUGCCGGUGGUUCCGGUGGUGCCAAUUGUAGUUCCGGUGGUGCCGUCGGUGGUGCCAGUGGUUCCGGUGGUACCUUCGGUGGUGCCGGUGGUUCCGGUGGUGCCAAUUGUAGUUCCGGUGGUGCCGUAG